CAGUGGCGCCUGGACUCCUCUAUUGAAAAACCAAAAUAGCCAAAUAGCAGAAUGCAUGGCGCGCAUUGCGUAGUGAACCGGAAUCCAAGCGGACACCCUGCCGAUGUCUGUAGCCCACCUUGGUUGCAUAUAAAUGAUAGCCCCCCUGCCUGGUCGCGAAUGGGCAAAACUCCGACACGCCAUAGACAUUCCUUUGCAAGCACAUCUUUCUCGCCAUACAACCACACAUGGAACUCCCACUCGACAUCGACACACUGCUGGAGCUGGAGGAAGUUGGCGACGGGUCGUUCAAGAGCAGGCAGCUGUGGAAUCCGCCGCACGCGCCCUCUGUGUUUGGCGGGCAGCUGAUGGGCCAGGCCCUGGCAGCCGCAUUCCACACCACAGGCGCCGACUGGAUCGCACACUCCCUGCACACGCAGUUCCUGCGGCGCGUAACCGUCUCCGCACCAGUGCAUUUCACGGUAGUCACGCUGGGUCAAGGGCGAAACUACUGCUCGCGUGUAAUCACCAGCCACCAGAACAACAAGCCUGUCAUGCAUAUGAUUUGCAAUUUCGUAACCCACGGCAGUAACGUUGCCAGCAAGCACGCCUACCAAAAGGAAAUGCCUGGUUUUGUGCCGCCCGAGGCAGGGGCGCCUGGCACACCCCCGGUGGCCGGUGGCAACCCUGCAUCCGAAAACCACUAUGUGCUGGAUCCGCAGGGCUACCCGGGCGGGUUUCCGGCGGAGAUCUGGGUCAAGGAGGUCGACGAGGACAUAGCUGUGCCUGCACCUGCCAAGCAGCACCUGUGGCUGCGGUGCCCGGACAACAGGCUGCGGUCGCAGCAGACGCAGCAGUGCAUUCUGGUCACGUAUUCGGAUCUGCUCUUCACUCGGGUCACAUUACGGCCAUUUGGCGUGCGCGUUGCCCCGGCGCCAGACACAUUGCGCAGACUGGUCUCGAUCGGGCACCAUGUGUGGUUCCAUAAGCCGGCGGACCCGGGUGACUUUCUGCUGUACAAGACCGAGUGCCCGCAGCUCAGUCAUGGGCGCGGUAUAGUGGUCGGCGAGAUGUUCUCAAGGGACGGGUCCUUUGUUGCCAGCACAGCACAGGAGGCACGCGUCGAAGUUGACCCGAUUGUUGAUCUGCUGCCUGCAUCCAAACUCUAACCUUACAGUGCUUUUCCACCAAAUACAGGCGCUCAGAACCUGCCUGCCCCGCGCACGUAGGGGAGGAGCCCGCUCGACUGGGAGCGCGACGAAGAUGGCACAAUAUCAUGGCGCCGGUCAGGUCCUCGAAUCACCGCAUGUUUCUUUUCCUUGGGGAUGUGGGACAUGCACCUCCAGCUGCACUAUACUGAGCGAGAGUGCCGGCGCUGAGAAAUAGGAAUGCAAAUCGUGACCAACACUAUAUCGCUGGCGUCCGCUGGGCGCACGCUUGGGAUACUGCGCACUACACUUGGAGCCCUCCCCCUCCCCAGAGCGGACUGGCCUGGACGGAGCAGAGGAAAAAGCAGAAAAACAACGACACGCCUCGCACCCUAUCCCCCGCUGACUCGCAAAACCCACAUAAAGACCGGGAGCAAGCAAAGGGAGGCGAGCGACCCGAGCAGUUCUCUUCUCUUCUUCAGCACGAAAACAUUUUUUUUUUUGAU